ACCGCCGGGAAAGCAAGCAAACCAGACCGGGCACCUCACCAAGACCUCACUUGUCCGCCCCCCGAAAUCCACCACUCCGGCAUGCACCGCUUCCCCCUCUCACCCAACCUCGACCUAGUCCCAAACCGAAAUCCUUCUCGAUCCCAGCAGCAAUCGAAGGAGGACGACGACGAAGCCGGGGUGUCCAUGGUGACCUGACCCCCUCGACUGGUCCCUAAGAUCGGCGCCGGUCGCGGAGAGCAGCGAUGGGGUACCUGCCGUCGCUGGGCGGCAAGGCGGCGCACCUGGUGUCCGACCUCGCCACCGUCAUCCUCAACCCCGUCUCCGGCCACGAGCGGGAGCCCUGCUCCUACCUCCCUGCUGUUUGUUUGUUGGAGAAUGUAUGUUUCCACUUUCCACUCCCUGGGUGAGCACCUCGGUGGGGAUCAAACUCAGGGGACAAUGCUUGUGCACCUCUUCACUCCACUGCCCGCAAGUCAUCCAAGUUUUGUUUGUAUGAUAGGAGGCCACUGAAGGGCAGGAAAAUCUGUAUGAUUGUGAAGAUUCUGAAAUUCCUGGGCCAGAUACAUCUUCCUUCCGAGCAUUUCUGAUGUCAUUCAUGUCCUCAUCAAGCUCCAGCAAUGAUUCGAUGGAGAUCAUACCUGAGCAGAAUCUGGAUAUGGAAUACCCAACUUUAACACCUGUUGGGAGGGGAAACAAGGAAAGGAAAGGGUUACUUAGUAGAGGCAAGCAUUCUGUCGGGAAGAUUUUUAGCAAGGCAGGUAGACUUGGUGGUUUCAGACAAAAACCCAGCCAUGGCAUUAAGAGUGAAAUAGCAAGUCAAACAGAGUCAGUUUCUGUUGGUUUUGAUCCUAAGAGAUCAAUGGAGUCUGCUUCAAAUGAUAAGUUGCCAACUAUGUCUGAACCAUCGAUGCUUUUGUCAGAAACGAUGCGAACUGUUCUUUAUACAUCUCUUCCUGUUCUUGUUCAAGGAAGGAAAUGGAUGUUGGUCUACAGUACCUGGAGGCAUGGAAUAUCAUUGUCUACUCUGUAUAGAAGGAGCAUGCUUUGUGCUGGUGAUUCACUUCUGGUGGUUGGGGAUAAACAGGGAGCAGUUUUUGGUGGUUUGGUCGAGGCCCCUUUGCAGCCGAUCAUUCAACGGAAGUAUCAGGGGAGCAACAACUGCUUCGUUUUCACCAAUGUGGUUGGCCGGCCAGUUAUAUAUCGUCCUACAGGUGCUAAUAAGUAUUUCACAUUUUGCUCGCCCGAUUAUUUGGCAAUGGGAGGUGGUGGUCACUUUGCACUGUAUCUCGAUGAAGACCUUCUGAAUGGUUCAAGUUCCACCUCAGAGACAUUUAACAAUCCAUGCCUAUCACGGUCCCAGGACUUUGAAGUCAAACAUAUCGAGUUGUGGGGCUUCGUCAAUGCUUCUAAGUAUGAUGAGGUGCUCACGCUCUGCCGCACCGAGAAACCUGGAAUUUGGAAUUUGUGACUGUUCACGUUUCAUAACUUUCUGAGCUCGUAGAUACUUGAAGCCAGUCCAUGCCGGUGACUUGUACAGUUUCGUAAGUACAGAAGUUUUAGAUUGACUGGAAGUUGUAAAGCAAAACGUCAGUAGGAAAACAGGUUCGCUAAUGGAUUCCUAGGUGAAACAAAAGCAACUUAGCCGCAAAUAUUGUCCUGUAUUCUCUUGCCAAUAUUGUAGAAAUAACUGCAGUUUUUUUUCUUUUUCGAACAGCAGUGAGGAAUUUGUUAUUUCGUUGUGGAAUGGUCAUUAGCACCUUUGGUCCUGCAUGGGCAUGGGCUAGCAAAAUAAAAAUAAAUAAUAAGUGUUGUGAUUUGAGUCGAUCA